AUGGCUCUGACAUCCCCUAUGCCCAUGGGCCCUUGGAAGAUCACUGUGUACGAUCAGGAGUACUUCCAGGGCAGGCGUAUGGAGUUCACCGCCUGCUGCCAGAACAUCAUGGAGUGUGGAAUGGAGAACAUCCGCUCCCUGAAGGUUGAGUGUGGCGCCUGGGUGGGCUAUGAGCACUCCAGCUUCUGCGGCCAGCAGUUUGUCCUGGAGAAGGGAGACUACCCUCGUUUUGAGGCCUACAGUGGCAGCAACUCCUACCGUAUUGAGAGAAUGAUCUCCUUCAGGCCCAUCUGCUGUGCUCACCACAAGGAGUCCCGCAUGACCAUCUAUGAGAUGGAGAACAUGAUGGGUCGUCAGUUCGAGCUGUGUGAUGACUACCCCUCUCUGCAGGCCAUGGGCUGGAUGAACAACGAGGUUGGAUCCAUUCACAUCCAGAGCGGAGCCUUUGUGUGCUACCAGUUCCCUGGCUACCGCGGCCACCAGUACAUCAUGGAGUGCGACUGUCACGGAGGAGAGUUCAAGUGUUACCGUGAGUUUGGCUCCCACGCCCAGACUCCCCAGAUUCAGUCCAUCAGGAGGAUCCAGCACUGA